AUGCCCUCUCCGAGUCAGGGUGGGCCGAAAGUCCUGCUGCUGCUGCUGCUGCUACUUCUCCCAGGCUGGGCCAGUCCCACUUUCAUCAGCAUCAACCGUGGGGUCCAGGUGAUGAAGGGCAGCUCGGCUUUCCUGUCGGCAGAUGACCUGAAGUUUGCCAUCCCCAAAGAGAAGGAUGCUUGCAAAGUGGAAGUCGUCAUGAAUGAGCCAAUAACACAGAGGGUUGGGAAGCUCAGCCCACAGAUUUUCGACUGCCAUUUUCUUCCCAAUGAAGUAAAGUAUAUUCACAAUGGUUGUCCAAUUCUUAAUGAAGACACAGUAAAACUUAGACUUUACAGAUUUACUGAGACAGACACUUUCACAGAAACUUUUAUCUUGCCAGUCUAUCUUCUGGAACCAGAGUGUAACAUCAUCCGUAUGAGCAACAAUGUGCUGGAGGUGUCUGAAUUCUAUGGCUUGUCUCGAGCCAUUGAUAAGAACCUGCUCAGAUUUGACUAUGAUAGGACAGCUAACCUGGAAUGUACAGUCAGGCUGGACCCUGUGGGAACUCAGCUGCCAGCCCAUGGCCAGAUAGUUCUGGUGGAGCCUCGACCAGAAGAACCUCGUGGAGAUCAGCCACAUAGUUUAUUCCCAGAGUCUCAACUGGGAACUGAACUGAAGUGUCCAGGUGGGAGAUGCACCCUUGGGCUAAAAAAAGUAGGAAGUCUCAAAGUGAGCUGUGAGGAAUUCCUGCUGAUGGGGCUUCGAUACCAGCACAUGAGACCCCCUUCUCCCAACAUUGAUUAUAUCUCCAUCCAGCUGGACCUCACAGAUGGCAGAAGCAGAACCGUAUACAAGUCAGAGAGCAUGUGGUUGCCUGUGUACAUCAGAGGGGGCAUUCCUAAUCAGAUUCCAAGGGCUGCCUUCAUGGCCACGUAUAUUUUGGAAGUGGAUCAGUUCAUCCUGACCUCUCUGACUACAUCAGUUCUGGACUGUGAAGAGGAUGAGACCCCUAAGCCCCUACUGGUGUUCAACAUUACUCGAGCCCCACUCCAAGGCUAUGUGACUCACCUGUUGGAUCACACCAGACCAGUCUCCUCAUUCACCUGGAGAGAUCUGAGUGACAUGCAGAUUGCCUAUCAGCCUCCGAACAGCAGCCACUCUGAACGGAGAUACUUCGAGGUAGAGCUGGAGGUGUAUGACUUCUUCUUUGGCAGAAGCGCACCCAUCACAGUCCACAUCUCCAUCAGAACAGCAGAUACAAAUGCCCCGAGAGUGUCCUGGAACACAGGCCUGAAUCUUCUGGAGGGGCAGUCUCGGGCUAUCACUUGGGAACACUUCCAGAUUGUGGACAAUGAUAACAUUCACGCUGUCCAGUUGGUCAUUGUGGAUGGUCUCCAACAUGGACGGCUGACAGUACGAGGAGGGAAAGGAUUUCUCUUCAGUGUGACUGACCUUCAAUCUGGAGUCGUUCGCUAUCAUCAUGAUGACAGUGAUUCCACCAAAGAUUUUAUAGUCUUCAGGAUAUUUGAUGGUCAUCACAGCAUCCACCAUAAAUUCCCCAUCAAUAUUUUGCCCAAGGAUGAUAGUCCCCCAUUCCUCAUAACCAAUGUUGUGAUUGAACUGGAGGAAGGGCAGACCGUAUUGAUCCAGGCUUCCAUGCUCAGAGCUUCAGACAUGGAUUCCAGUGAUGACUAUAUCUUCUUUAAUAUCACAAAACCCCCACAGGCUGGAGAGAUUAUGAAGAAGCCAGGGCCAGGACUGGUAGGCUAUCCUGUCCCUGGCUUCCUUCAGAGGGAUCUAUUUAAUGGCAUCAUCUAUUACCGCCACUUUGGUGGAGAAAUCUUUGAAGAUUCUUUUGAAUUUAUCCUAUGGGACAGUCAUGAACCUCCAAAUCUCUCAGUACCACAGGUGGUGACAAUCCAUAUCACGCCAGUGGAUGACCAGCUUCCAAGAGAGGCUCCUGGAGCUUCCAGGCACUUGGUUGUCAAGGAAACAGAGGUGGCUUACAUAACUAAGAAACACUUACAUUUUAUAGAUUUGGAAUCUCAUGACAGGGAGUUGCUGUACACAAUAACAACGCCUCCAUUUUUCAAUGACAGCCACAGACAUUUGGAUGCUGGGAAAUUAUUUAUGGUGGACAGUAUUACAAAGCUAACCAAAAAUCCUGCGGCCCCUGGACUGAAGUCAUUCACUCAGGAUGCUGUGAACUAUAUGAAAGUGGCGUACAUGCCCCCCAUGCAAGACAUCGGACCCUCCCUCCAGCACGUCCAGUUCACUUUUUCUAUCAGUAACCAGCAUGGUGGCACUUUGCAGGGCGUCUGCUUCAACAUUGUAAUCCUUCCAGUGGACAAUCAGAUUCCUCAGGUAUUUACCAGCCCUCUGAGAGUGGAUGAGGGAGGCCAAUGCGUAAUCAGCACAGAGCACAUUCUGGUUACUGAUGCAGAUACCAAACUGGACAAGGUUGACUUCUCUCUGCAGAGUCAGCCUUUGUGCGGAAGACUGGAGCUGAAUGGAUUUCCUUUAAACCCAGGGGACACAUUUUCUUGGGGAGAUCUCCAUGCUUUAAAAGUUAGGUACAAGCAUGAUGGAUCUGAGGAGUUUCAGGAUGACUUACUGCUGGAAGUCACUGACGGCACCAAUAAAGCAGAAUGUGUUGUACACAUUGAGGUAUUGCCUGUAAAUGAUGAGCCGCCAGUCCUGAAGGCUGACCUCCUCCCCAUGAUGCAUUGCUCAGAAGGCAAAGAAGUGGUCAUUUCCUCUGAGUACAUUUUUGCUACUGACAUGGACAGUGAUGACUUGAAACUGUUGUUUAUGAUUGCUCGAGGACCUCAACAUGGGGUUGUGAGGAAGGCUGGAGUCCCAGUGGAGCAAUUCUCUCAGAGUGAUGUUAUGUCUGGCACUGUGUCGUACAGACACACGGGUGGUGAGAUUGGCCUUUUGCCUUGUUUUGACACCAUUACGUUGGUGGUUUCGGAUAGUGAAGCUGGCCCUUCUGUGAAUGGCUGUUGCUACAAUGAACCUUUUCCAGCUGUUCCUCUUCAUGAAUCCUUCCCUAUGUAUGAUCUCAACAUCACCAUACAUCCAGUGGACAACCAACCGCCUUCGAUCACAAUAGGUACCAUGUUCCUGGUAGAUGAGGGUUUCUCAGCAGCCAUUACCAUUAACCAUUUGUCUGCCACUGACCCUGACACAGCAGCAGAUGACUUGGAAUUUGUUUUGGUUUCUCCUCCUCAGUUUGGCUACCUUGAAAACACACUUCCUUCUACAGGGUUUGAAAAAAGCAAUAUGGGCAUAAGUAUAGCUUCGUUUAAGUGGAGAGACAUGAAGGCUUUGCACAUUAACUAUGUGCAGUCCAGGCACGUGAGGCUGGAACCAAGUGCUGACCAGUUUGUGGUGUGCGUCUCUGACGGAAAGCAACGCUCCUUGGAGAUACCCUUUUACAUUGUGAUCAACCCCACAAAUGACGAAGUUCCUGACUUUGAAGUGCAGAAUAUUACUGUGCAUGAGGGCCAGAUGAAAGAGUUGGACACUUCCAUCAUCAAUGCUGCUGACCUGGAUAUUCCCAAGGACCCCCUGAUGUUUAGUGUCACUCAUAAACCACGUCAUGGCCUCCUUGUCAAUGGGAUAUUUAAGAAAGAUUUUCCUCAGUAUAAGCAACCAAACAACCCAAACCAGAAGCCAGAACUUGUUCAAAACUUUUCCAUGGAACUUCUCAACAAUGGAAUGAAAUUGAUGUACAUACAUGAUGACUCAGAGAACCUUGCUGAUGACUUUACAAUCCAAUUAUCAGAUGGGAAACAUAAACUCUUUAAAACCAUCUCAGUGAUGGUCACCCCAGUUAACGAUGAGAAACCAAUGCUAAACAAGAAGGCUGAACUUACAAUGAGCAUGGGUGAAACACGUAUUAUUUCUAGUGCUGUUCUUUCAGCUGUAGAUGAAGACUCACCCAGGGAGAAGAUUUAUUAUUUAUUUGAAAGUUUUCCCCAACAUGGGCAGCUUCAGCUUAAGAUAGGGAGGAACUGGGUCCCUCUCCACCCUGGCAUGAAGUGCACUCAGGAGGAAGUGGAUCUGAACUUGCUGAGAUACAUGCACACAGGGGCAAUGGAUUCUCAGAACCAAGACAACUUCACCUUCUACCUUUGGGAUGGCAGCAACAAAUCACCUGCAUUUGACUGUCAUAUCACUAUCAAAGAUAUGGAAAAAGGUGACAUUGCUAUUCUUGUAAAACCACUUGUGGUGUCGAAAGGUGACAGAGGUUUCCUGACAACCUCCAAUCUCCUAGCUGUGGACGGAACAGAUAAGCCUGAAGAACUGCUCUAUGUUAUCACGUCCUCCCCAAGAUAUGGGCAGAUUGAAUAUGCCCACUAUCCUGGACACCCCAUCACCAGUUUCAGUCAAAUGGACAUAGCAGGACAGACAGUUUGCUACAUUCAUAAGAGCAAGCUAGCUUUCCCCAGGGACUCAUUCAGAUUUAUCGUCAGCAAUGGACUACAGACCAAGCAUGGAGUGUUUGAGAUCAUACUGGAGACUGUGGACAGAGCCUUACCUGUGGUGACCAGAAACAAAGGGUUGAGACUGGCUGAAGGGGCCACAGGUGUGCUUUCCCCAGAUCUUCUCCAGCUGACCGAUCCCGACACUCCUGCAGAGAAUCUCACCUUCCUUGUGGUCCAGCUCCCACAACAUGGCCAGCUCUACUUGCGAGGGAUGGUGUUGCUCCUAUCCAACUUCACCCAGCAGGAUGUGGAUGGCAGGAAUGUGGUUUACAGGCAUGCAGGAGGAAACUCCCAGAUGGACUGCUUUACUUUUGUGGCCUCAGAUAGGACAAAUCCAGGCUUUGUCGUGGAUGGGAGAGUACGGCAAGAACCUGUCUCAUUCAAUAUUCAGGUAGACCAGUUGGACAAAACAGCACCUCACAUCACACAUUUGCGUAACCCUUCUCAAGUGGGGUUCCUGAAAAAUGGCUGUUACGGUAUUUACAUCACUUCCCGGGUUUUGAAGGCAUCAGACCCUGACACCAGUGAUGAUCAGAUCAUCUAUAAGAUUUUACAGCACCCCCAGUAUGGACAUCUGGAGAACACAACAACAGGUGAAGUUAUCCAUGAGACAUUUAGCCAAAAGGACUUAAACAGCAAGACCAUUCUUUACAUCAUAAAUCCAUCUUUGGAAGUAAAUUCAGAUUUUAUGAAAUUUCAAAUCAUGGACCCUUCAGGAAACUCUGCCAAUCCUCAAAUUUUGGAACUGAAAUGGUCUCAUAUUGAAUGGUCGCAGGCUGAGUACGAGGUGUGUGAAAAUGUGGGUGUAUUACCCUUGGAAAUUGUCAGAAGGGGACAUUCUAUGGACUCAGCCUUCGUGAGUGUGAAGGUUAACCAAGUGUCAGCUACAGUUGGAAAAGAUUUUACCCUGACUCCAGCUAAACUGAUUCAGUUUGAUCCAGGAAUGUCAACUAAGAUGUGGAAUAUAGCAAUUACCUAUGACGGAUUAGAGGAAGAUGAUGAGGUCUUUGAAGUAAUUCUGAACUCCCCUGUGAAUGCAGUUCUUGGCACAAAGACAAAAGCUGCAGUGAAAAUUUUGGACUCAAAAGGAGGACGGUGUCAUCCUUCAUAUUCCUUCACACCAAACAAGCACAACACCUGGGAGAAGGACAUUUGGCAGCCUCUGUCCCCGAGAUCUUCCUCACCUACCACUUCUGGUUCCUUUCAUCUGGAGAGAAGACCCCUUCCAUCUUCCAAGCAGCUAGCCAUCAUCAGAGGAGACACCCUGAGGGGCCUGGAAUCUACAGAUCUUUCUCUAAUGAGGCUUAGAACCAGAGGCAAUGGCAAAACAGUUCGUCCAUCGUCUGUUUAUAGAAAUGAAACAGAUAUCAUCUAUAAUUAUCAUGGAGUGGUGUCUCUGAAGCUGGAGGAUGAUAGUUCCCCAACUCACAAAAAGAAGACCAAAGUAUCUGUGUUUAGUCAGCCACAAAGGACAUUCAAACAGGCAGAGCAGCCUCAGGCAGACAAGAUGGAAUCCACAACUGACUCACACCUCCCCAGAUGGGACCCAUUGCCAACAUUUCCAAAGAACUGCACUAUGGAUCUAAAGGGACUCUUUCAUUUUGAAGAGAGCCUCCAAAAGCUCUAUAAAUGCAACGGGAUUGCCUGGAAAGCUUGGAGGCCCCAAACCAAGGAGGCAGAAGACAAAUCUUGCCCUGCUGGGUGGCACCAUCACUCAGGUUUCUGCCACUCCUUGAUCACACGGCAGAAAGGCACCUGGAACACAGCUGUCCAAGCUUGCAGGCGACAGCACCUAGGCAGCCUUGUGACUGUCCUUUCCAAGCAGCACAUGCAGUGGCUCUGGGGCAUGAGUGGAAGAAAGCCAUUCUGGAUAGGUUUGAAUGACCAAGGACGUACUGGCCAUUGGGAGUGGAUAUCUGGUCAACCUGUUACCUUCACCAACUGGAGGAGAGGAACCCCUCAGCGUUCAAAGCCUGGAAGAAACUGUGUUUUGGUUCAAAGACAAGGGAAAUGGCAAACAAAGGACUGCAGGAAGGGCAAACCUCACAAUUAUGUGUGCUUUAGAAAACUCUAAAUUUAACUGUCCUUACAGAGAUCCACUUGGAAUUUCUCACCUAUUUAUUUAUAGGAUUUGUGCAUAUUGCUCACUAGAGAACAAGUGUCAUAACUGACCUGGAACAUUUUUCAACAUAAGUGUACGUGAAAUUCUAUCUACUUUGAAAGAAAAAGAAUAGUUCCAGGAAUAUUGAUGAAUGAAUAUUUCUUACAAAAAGAGAUGCAGUUCUUGCAUCUUAAUACCUCUUAAUAUAAGUGCCUGAAAUAUUUGAAGGUACAAGAUUUAUUGCCGAAGACCCCAUCCUAACCCUACUCCAUUAUAUCAGUUUGCAGCAAUUUCAUGGUUCUAGAGUUUUUGUUUUUAUUCAGUUGUCCUUAUGUUUCAGAUGAGUUCAUUCUGAUAUCUCUGUUAGGGGUACUUUUACCACUUCAGUCAAAUGAAGGUCACUCCUACCUAUUUGCUAAAUCAAGGUUAAAUUGGGAAGGGGUACUUUACGUGAAACCUGAGACAGAGACUGGGGCUACAAAAGAAGGAUCCUUUCUCUGGGAUGAAAAAGACUUUUGGAUGGAAGAAUUCUGUAGAUGGAAGUUCAGUUUGUAGCAAAGUAGUGCAGAGACGUAGUUCAGGUAAGAGUGCUUCAUAGUCAAAGCCUCACUGCACAGGAAGCACAUUUUCUUUUUUGUGAGAAUGGUUGGCACUGUCCAAUUCCAGAGCUAAAGAUUGGGUUUCCUGAGUUCUACAGAGUCAUGAAAAAUUUGUAGUAACCUGAGCUUCUCUCCUUAUCUGUUCUUAUAAUACUAAUGAGCAUUUCUCAAGGACAUUCAGGAUAGAGAAUAUAUAUGAAUGAGGGUUAACAUAUGAUAGAAAAACAUUGCUGUCUCAGAAGUGUCUCAAAGAACUCGACUGAUGACCACAAAAAUGAAGCUAAAAACGAGACCCUAAAAGUCCAUAUUUCUUCCACAGGAUUUUACUUGGUUUUGAGCCUUUUAAUAUUUAAUGUUUGUGGAAAUGCCAUGGUAAUAUGAGGUUCUUUAAUAUAAAGGUAACUUCAUUUGUAAUCUCAGCUGAGUUAAGCAACUUUUCUAGCUUGUGGCUCUUUUCUCAGAAAUCCCUUCUAAAUCAAGGUUUAAUAACAGAAAAUUAGAAAUUUAUUUCAGCGACACUUAUUUGGAUUUUUUACUUUUUUGUUUGGAUUUUUUACUUUUAGUAGUCCCCAAAAAAUAUGGUUUUGCCAAAUGUAAUUUUCUCUGUGGACACCGUUGCAAAAAGAGCUAAAGAAAUUCAAUUCCAUUUCUGAAUAAAAAGUGCAACUGACUUGUUUUAUUUCUUCUGAUUUAUCUAGAUUGAUUAAUAGAAAAUAGAGAGAUUGGAAUAAGAGUAAGAUGUCCUGAGAGCUAGAAAUAUGACUCCAGUGGUAGUGCAAAUACCUUGCAUGCAUGAUGAAGUUAUGGGUAUGAUACCUUGGCACCACACACACAAAA